GAGCCUUCGCUUGGGCUUGGCUUGGCUGGUAAGGCGUAGCGGCCCUGCGGCCGCCGCGCCUCCGACUUUGGGAGAGAGGGGCGAGAAGGGGAGAGGGAGCGCAGAGGUGUUAGGCAUCUCUGUAUCUCCCGAGCAGCCCGACUGGCGUCGGCAGCCGCCAGAGGGGAAAGCCUGGGAGCCGGAGCUUCAGCCUCCAGCGCUGCAGCUGGCUCAGGCUCGGGGUGCGGAGCUACAUCUAUUUCAAUGGUGCUGCUUUCUUCGUUCUCUUUAUGUAGCCACUUACCUUCAGGCCAUUCAGAGGAGAGCAAAGUGGGGAAUAUGAAAUCAGCCAAGCAGCAAGUGAAUCACAGCCAAUGUGGGGAGAGCCAGCCUCCCCUGAGCCCCCUGCGGUCUGCUCUCAAUUCAGUGGUAACUUCUUCCCAGGCCUAUGAGACCUACAUUGAUAAUGGACUUAUAUGUCUCAAACACAAGAUUAGAAAUAUUGAAAAAAAGAAGCUCAAACUAGAAGAUUAUAAGGAUCGCCUGAAAAAUGGAGAGCCACUCAAUUCAGACCAAUUGGAGGCAGUAGAAAAGUAUGAAGAAGUAUUACAUAACUUGGAAUUUGCCAAGGAGCUUCAAAAAACUUUUUCUGGACUCAGCCAAGAUCUCCUGAAGGCCCAAAAGAAGGCUCAGAGAAGAGAGCACAUGAUAAAACUUGAGGCCGAGAAAAAGAAGCUCCGGACUAUAUUUCAAGUUCAGUAUGUCUUACAGAACUUCACACAAGAACAUGUUCAAGAGGACUUCAAAGGUGGCUUGAAUGGUGCAGUGUAUUUGCCUUCAAGAGAACUAGACUACCUCAUUAAGUUUUCAAAACUCACAUGCCCUGAGAGAAACGAGAGUUUGAGUAUUGAAGACCAGAUGGAACAGUCAUCACUCUACUUUUGGGACCUCUUGGAAGGCAGUGAGAAAGCAGUGGUAGGAACAACAUACAAACACAUGAAGGAUCUAUUGUCUAAACUGCUGACCUCUGGCUAUUUUGAAAGUAUUCCAGUUCCCCGAAACAACAUUAUAAAGCAAAAAGAAGAAUUGGAUGAAGAAAUCCGAGGAAAAUCAGAGAAGAAACAGUUAUUACAGACAGAAUCUGUUAAAGAAUCAGAAUCUCUUAUGGAACAUACACAGCCUGAGAUACAACCACAAGAGUUUCUCAACAGACGCUACCUGUCUGAAGUUGAGUAUUCAAGCAAGAAACCAGAAGGACAGCAAUCUUGGAAAGAAGAUUAUACCAGGAAGCCAAAUCUUACAAAAUGCUGGGAAGUGAUUGCUGACUUAGAAGGGCAGAAGAAGCUGGAGUCCCUGAUGUCUUGGGAUUCUGUUAAGCAACAGGAGACUGCAAAACCUGUGUUAACUCCAGAACAGGAUAAUCAGGAGAGUCCAAAAUCUGCUACUCUUGAUCUUCAGGAAGAACAGAAGACCCAAGAAAUCUCUAAAUCCAACAUAGUUCAUGGGACAUGGGAACAAGACAUUCCUAAAUCUAAUGCGGUCUGUGGUCAGGAGGAACAGAAGAAAAAAGAGUCACUAAAGCCCUGGGUUGCUCCUCUGCAGAAAGAGUUGGAGCCAAAGAAACAGACUUCCAAAUCUUGGACUCCUGCACAGAAUGAACAGAAGGCCAUUAGGUCUUGGCCAGCUUCAGUUCAUGAAGAGCAAGAUACAAAGCCACCUGAGAUUCCAGAGCCAUGGGAAGCCAAUGUUGAGAGUCAAAAACAGGCUUUACUACAGCAGUUACAAUCUCCUUCAAAGUCUUGGAGACCUCCAGCCGCAAGCCUUGUAAUGAAUGGGCAACUGAUGACCAGAAAGUAUGAUUCAGAAUCCAAAGAUGUGCCUAAGCUUUUGAAUCAGUCUGCAGAUACCCCUUCUGCCCCUCCAAGUGAUUCAGUUCUAAGGAAAGAAAAGCUUCAGGAUCUGAUGACUCAGAUUCAGGGAACUUAUAACUUUAUGCAGGAAUCAGUUUUGGAUUUUGACAAGCCUUCAAGUGCAAUUCCUUCACCACAGCUGCCUUCAGUUAUUCCAGAUAGUCCUGAAGCUUCCAUGGAACAGAAACUACCUAACCAAAAUGACUUUCUUCAAGAGCCAUUACAAGCUGCUGCUUCUCCUGUUAAGCAUAGUACAAAUUCUUUAGUGAUUGCUGAUCAAGCUUCUUCUGGAUCUGAAACAGAGCUAGAGACUCCUCAGGCAGCAAUUCCUCCAAGUAAGCAGCUAACUUCACUACCUUCUGCAAAUCCCCCCAUGUCACAAGCUUCCCAGGAACAGGUCUUCCAGUCACCUCCAGCAAGCAGUAGUACGGUAUUCAAUGUGAGUGCACCUUUGCCUCCACGGAAAGAACAAGAGAUAAAAGACUUGCCUUAUUCAAGUGGAUAUAAUCAAAGUUACACUACAGCAAGCACACAGACAGCACCGCAGUGCCAGUUGCCAUCUACACAUGUGGGACAAACUACUCUCUCCCAAGAGCAGACUGCAAACAGUCAACCUGAUGGAGCAAUUCAAGUAAGCAGUGGUAGCCUUGCCUUUUAUCCUGCACAGACUAAUGUGUUCCCCAGAUCCACCCAAUCAUAUCUUAGUAACCGAGGAUCUAUUAGAGGAUGUACUCGUGGUGGGAGAUCACUGACAAAUUCCUUUCGCUCGCCUGGUGGGUAUAAAGGUUUUGAUACUUACAGAGGAUCCCCUGUCAUUGCCAAUGGCAGUUAUAGUCACCUGCAAUUCCAAGCUAGAGAAUAUCCUGGAACACCAUAUUCCCAAAGGGAUACUAAUUUCCAGCAGUGUUAUAAACGAGGAGGACUCUCUGGUGGUUCCCGUGCAAGUUCAAGAGCAGGGUGGAGUGAUUCUUCUCAGGUGAACAGUCCAGAACGAGAAAAUGAAACCUUCAACAGUGUUGACUCUGGACAGGGAGACUCUCGUAGCAUGACCCCUGUGGAUGUGCCAGUGACAAGUCCAGCAGCCACCAUUUUGCCAGUACAUGUAUAUCCUCUUCCCCAGCAGAUGAGAGUUGCCUUCUCAGCAGCCAGAACCUCUAAUUUGGCCCCUGGAACUUUGGACCAGCCUAUUGUGUUUGAUCUUCUUCUGAACAACUUGGGAGAAACUUUUGACCUUCAGCUUGGUAGAUUUAAUUGUCCAGUGAAUGGCACUUAUGUUUUCAUCUUUCACAUGUUAAAGCUGGCAGUGAAUGUUCCACUGUAUGUCAAUCUGAUGAAGAAUGAAGAAGUUUUAGUUUCGGCCUAUGCUAAUGAUGGUGCUCCAGACCAUGAAACUGCUAGUAAUCAUGCAAUUCUUCAGCUAUUCCAGGGAGACCAGAUAUGGUUACGUUUGCAUAGGGGAGCGAUUUAUGGAAGCAGUUGGAAAUAUUCUACGUUUUCAGGAUAUCUCCUUUAUCAAGACUGAAACCUACUAUAGAUUUAUACUAGAUAAAGUUCUUUAUGAUUAAGGAUCAAAGGAGAAAUUGACCAUUCACUUAUGAUGAUUUCAGGAAAAAUAUUAUUUCUGGAGGAAUUAGGAGGUACUAUGCCUUUUUUCUUUUUUCUUUUCAUCUUCCCAUUCCCUGCCCUCCCUAAGUGAAAUCCUGAAUUACUAACUCAGCAUUGAUCUAGCACCUCAUAAAUUGUGAUGCAGCCUUGCUAGUAAAGCUGUGAAUGUAUGUUAUUUGCAAUGAAUCUUUAAAACUGUAUCAAUGUUCAAGCUUACUACACUGAUUGCCUCAAGUUGAGUAAAGUUACAAUGCCUUGUUGUGCCUCAAUAAAACUGUAAUAUGCACUGUA